GGGGCAGCCAUUGUUUAUGUUAUGAGGUGGGGUAAUUGAUUUUGUAAACAAAAUAUGGGGCUGUCAGAAGAAAGUGACGAAAAUGUGGAAGAAAAAUUUGAAGAACUAUGUUUGGAUUUGAACAUGGAUAAAAGAACUAAGGAAGAAUCAUGGAAGAACUAUCAGAAAAUAAAGAAAAACUAUCUGUUGGAGGGCGACCAAAUCCACUGGUUGGCAUGUGCCCUGUACGAAUCCUGCAGACGCAGCAAGGUGCCAACAGUGGGACGUGGAACUGUGGAGGGGAACUGUGUGUCCUUAACCAGACUGCUGCGCUCAUCCAGGUUUAGUUUAAUUCAGUUCUUCAACAAGAUGAAAAAGUGGUCGGACAUGGCGAGUCUUUCGCAAGAGUUCCGAGACAAAGUAAACAGACUGGAGCGCAAUUUUGCGGUGUCAACUGUGAUAUUUAAGAAAUUUGAACCAAUAUUUUUAGCCAUAUUCAAAAGUCCAGCGGAUGAGGCACCUAGACAGCCAAGGAGUAGAAAACAAAGGAAGCUGCCUUGCUCCUUACAAGAUGUCUUUAAUUUCUGCUGGACAAUGUUUGUACAAGUUAAAGGCAACUUCCCAGCAAUUAGUGAUGAUCUGGUGAACUCUUAUCACCUGCUACUGUGCAAUAUAGACUGGUUUUAUGGCAAUGCUCUGCUUGGGGGACGCAAGGACCUUCUUAAUCCAGAAUUCUCAGGUUUGCCUGAUGACUUCAAUUCCAAAGACUGGCGAGCCCCAAGUGAGACUCCAUGCAUCAUCAAGCAUUUAUGUGAUAAACACGAGGGUCUAGAAAUAGAGGCCAAGGUCAUAAAGGAACACUGGUGGAAACCACACCUAAAGAAGCUCUUCGAUAAGAAGGUGCUGAAGGGAAAGCUAGAUACCUUGUCUGCAGUCCUGGACAUUGGAAAUUUCGAAGCUAACAAUGAGGCAAUAAAUGAGGCUUAUGAAGAGUUUCCACUGGCUCACAGCAGAAAGUCUAUAAACAACUCAUACGAGGAGUACGUUCUGAGUGUUGGAGACUUCGACGAGCGCAUCUUUCUUGAUGAAGACGCAGAUGAAGAGAUCGGUACGCCAGCCCGUUCUCGGGAGGAUGUCACUGGAGAGCUGACAGAACGCAUGCAGCAACGUUCUAGUCUACAGCAGCAUGUAGACCAGACUCGGAGCCUGGCCCCGUCGACCCCACUGACUGGUCGACGCUACCUGAAGGAGAAGGAUGUCACCAUCACCCCGGUAUCCACGGCAACCCAGAGUGUCAGCCGUCUACAGCACUUGUUGUCUGGACGCAAGACAGCGCCCAGUGAUUGUCUGCAGGAACAACUUCUGGAGGUAGGAGGCCAGCCCCUCCUGGACACCAUACAGCAGAGAGUCAAGGACAUGGGGGAGAUCUUCUGUAACCACUAUGUACAGCCUGCAGAACAUCACCCAGGGAGUCAGAUGGACUUUGCAAAGCGUCGACUCCAGCUUGGGGAAAGCCUUUACUACAAAGCUCUGGAAAACAUCGCUCAGACAGAGAAAAGCCAGAGAGGAAACAGCAUCUCGGGUUUACUGGAGCAUGACCUGUUUCACCGAUGCCUGUUUGCCUGCUGUUUAGAAAUCACCAUUUUCUCUUACAACUCUCAGAGGAUGUUCCCAUGGAUUGUGGAGAUAUUUGAUCUGAGCCCGUACCACUUCUACAAGGUGGUGGAGCUGAUUGUGCGGGAGGAGGAGGGACUGACCAGGGAUGUGGUCAAACACCUCAACCAUAUUGAGGAGUGUAUCCUGGAGUAUCUGGCAUGGCAAAGUGACUCUCCUGUCUGGGAGGCUAUAAAGGUUCAAGGGGUCCCCCAGUCCGCAGAAGUGGCCCUACCCUUGCAGGCCAAUACCUCACAGAACAGCCUCUGGCGCAAAGUCCUUGAUAAAAACACAGGGAGUAAAGACCCCCUGCUAUCCCCCACGGGCCCAUCAGCAGCUGACCGGUUCAGUUCACCCUCCCCUGGGAGUGCCAAGCGACGCCUUUUCCUGGGGGAGGCGGCAGGCAAGACUCGCUCUGGGGCCGAGUCCCAGGCUAAGUCUGGGUUGAAGACCAUCUCCAUAACUACUCAAAACCAGACACAGCACCUAGUGGCAUUCCAGCAAAUUGUUACACAUGAUGGAAGACAGGUGUUGAUCCCAGUGCAGACAUUGGCUCCUCCCACAGUUGUCUCAUCCUCGGGUACCACGGUGUCCACGGGCUCAAGCCCAGAGGUCACGGGUGAUGGCAAGACCAAGCCUGUCCUACAUACGCCCGGCCACCCACGACUCAAGGUGGUAGAGAGCAAACCAGCCACGUCAGAGCCAUCUACAGCCCCAACCACUACCCAGGCCAGUUCUCCAUCCAAGACCCAGGCUCAGUCAACAGCACAGCAGGGAAAACCUGCUAAGGGAGGAUCACUGGCCAUCUUCUUCAGGAAGGUAUACCACCUAGCGCAUGUGAGACUGAAGGACCUUUGUGAGAAAUUAGAUGUUCAGGAUGAGGACCUCCAUCGGCAGAUGUGGACCUGCCUGGAACAUGUGAUUAUUCAGCACACUGAGCUGCUCCGGGACAGACAUCUUGAUCAGCUCAUCAUGUGCUCCAUAUAUAUCAUUGCCAAGGUGACGGGGAAGUCUCAGGCAUUCCAAGACAUUAUGAAGUGUUACCGGCUCCAGCCUCAGGCCCAGAGUCAUGUGUACCGCAGCGUCCUCCUCACAUCCCGGGGGAGGCACACUUCUGGAAGUUCCGAUGGCAGUCAACCGGAGGCAAGCGGGACAUCGUCACCAGUGAAUGGGGAGAAGGAGAUCUACACCAGGGAGAAACGGGCAAUGCCUGUCAGGUCAUCCAGUACCCUUCCUGUGCCCCACCCUAACAGCCAUCCCCCUACCCCCACCCGCCUCGUGGGGACGGGGUCAUGUUUUGAGUUUGGUGAAGAAAGAGGUGAUCUCAUACAAUUCUAUAAUCAGGUAUUUGUUACACAAAUCAGGAAAUUCGCAACAAGAUUCUCAGCCAAUAAUCAGAAUGGGGAUGUUCCGCCGUUGUCACCACUUCCCCCAACCCGGUGCCACACCACGUCCCCACGUCGUGUCUCACAGCGACAUUCUGUGUAUAUCUCCCCACACAAGGUCCAUAGAACUAAAGUGGCUGCAGAAAACAGGCUCCUAUACUGCUUCGAUAGAAACCCUUCUAAGAGCCUGCAGAUGAUAAACAACAUGAUUCGUAUCAAGAGCGAGGCAAAGACGGAGAAUAAGCUGGACUUUACCCGCAAACGCCCCCUGGAGGCAGACGAGGAGGAAGAGGGGGCCAUCUCCUCACCGAAAAGGCUCAACCUCUUCCGUAGGCUGCAGGAUGUGACGUCAGACAGGCAGGAGUCUGCCACCAAGAUCGUCAUUGUGAAAUAGGUGGAGUGUUUGAAAUGACUUGGCCACCUGUUUGAUUGUGACAGGUGAAUCACUCUAUGCUGUGUCAGAAAGUGGUAACAUUAAAAACAUGAAUAAUUUGAAAAAAAAAGAUUUCAUUAUCAAGUAGAAGCAAGAAAUCAAGCAUAUCAUCAUGAAAAUUAUGAAAAAAAAUAAGGAUUUUGUUGUGAAUUGGCGUGAAAAUGAAGGAAUCCUUUGUCCAGUUGUUGGAAAAUCAAGAACCUCAUUGUCAAAUUGGAGGAUAAUCAAGUCGUUUUAAAAUAGACAACUGGAGUAUGGAUGGGAUUUUUGGGGACACAAAAAUUGCUACAGAUAUUGUACAGUGUUGCAUGUGGAAUUGUAUUAUUUUAUUCCCAUAGUUUAUGAUCAUUUUCGAACAUUUUGUUGUCCUGCAAGGUGUUGUAGAAAUGUUCCUUUCGAUAAGUUCUUUACUAAUGUGAAGAAUACUAAACUUAGUAGUGGAUAUAUGUGGAAAAAAAUUGCUGUCCAUGCUUGCUCUAAUUCUGGAUUUUACAAAGUAGCGAUUGUUAUGGGGGGUUUUAUGCACAGCACUUGUGUAAUAAUUUGGGCAUGGGCAUCCGAAAGUUCAAUUUGAAUGACUGGAUACUGGAUAUAAGCAAUGGAGACAGGAUUCUGCAUUGUAAUAGAAAAUGUUAACUAUUUGUUGAAGUUGCGUUUCUACUAAAAGCGAACUAAAUUUAUAAUGUUUUAGUGAGCUGUAUGUAAAACAAUGAUUUUAUCGCUGUUCUGAUGUUUGUCUUUAUUUUCCUUUCAUAUGUGUUAAAUAAUUAAGAGUUUGAAUAGUUUCAGAAUUUAAGCUGCAUUACAUAAACUUAUUCACACAGGGCAUUUGACAUAGCUGUAUUCUCACUUCAAAACAAGAUUCUGUUUCUGGAGUAGAUUAGAUAAAAUCAAACAAAUUUAUUAGGCAUGGAAGUCUCAAUAGAAGUCAUUCCUGUUGGCCACAGUUAAUUCCCUUAAUUGGGCCAGAAAUUGCUCACAAAUCUCAUUUCAAAACAUGUUUAUAUUGGGCAGUAAAAUACCUUCACUACUGAUUUCUGUUUGGUUAUUUUAUUGUCUUUUUAAUAAUGUUCAGAGAGCAUUUGGGGUUAUUGUGGUUAAAGGGAUAGUACUGACAGAUUUUUGACUGUUCAAGUCUAUAUGUUUUCUAAACAGUGCCUACUCUAGUGAACUACAUUGAUACAAAAGAGGCUCAUUGACCAAUAUAUUUUAGUGUCCUAUAAUGACCUAUAACUGGAGUGCAUGGUUUUCACUAUGUGGGGUUGCCUGGGUUAUCAAAACAGUCUUAAAUAUGCACAUGAUUCAUGUUGGCCGUGUCAUUAAUACCCAUAAUGUAUAUAAAAAGAAACGAGUCCAUUUGUCAAUGUUUAUUAAAAGAAACAAGCCAGUGUGUCUAUUUAUAUCAUAAAAGUGUGUCAGUAUGUUACUAUGGUUUAUUUCCAGUUGGGAUCCCAGUGAAAGUUGAGAUAUUAAUCAAUGUGAUCUCACUAAGGUAAUUUUCCCAAAACACGGUAAGAGAUCAAAAAUCCAGAUUAAAUUUAUUUUUUAGGCAGAUGUGGUCUAGACAUACAGCUCAGACAAUGAUUGCAUGUUUCUAAUUGUAAUGGAAAAUAAUAACUAUCUAAAAUGUGCACAUGUUAGUAUGAUGGCGUGCUUCUAAUUGCUACUGAAGUGGCUAUUACCGUCUACCCAGUUUAUUUAAUUUCAUUGCUUUUGACUGUAUGUGCAUCUUUGUAAAGGAAAUAGACAAAGGCUAGUCAAAUGAAUUUCAAUCCCAAGUAUUGGCAUCACAUUAUUGUAAGGGGACAUUUGAAAGUUAUUGUAAGUUACAUGUUAAUUGUUUUGACCGUAGAUGUGAACAAUGACCGUGACCUAGAUGAAAAAAUGAACGCCUUAUAUGAUUUUGUUUUCUAAAGAGUUGUUAAUUGAAUCAUCUUGAACAUGGCUUAAUUGGCUUAUUAAAAACCAGCUCAUCAGUUUGAUUUGCCAUUUUUGUACAAUUGAAGUCUUGCUACAAAGUCAUAAAGGCAUUCAUGUGCAUAUGCGCAUGAAACCACUAACAACUGAUAGCUAUGACUGGGAGUACAUGUAUAUCACGUGUCAAGUUAUACUUUCUUUUUCAAAAAUUAUGCUGUUCUUUCAAAGAAAACUUUUUGUUUGGCACUUGCCCAAGUUUAAUUGCGAUUUACAACGGUAACACAUAGAGACAGGUAACUGGUGAAAUCAAUAUUGCAAUAGUGAACUAUGAUAUGCUUUUUCCAAAUUAUUUUCUUCAAAUAGAUACAGCUGUAUUUAAGUCAUUCAGAUAAUACUCUGUUUGUUAAAGCUUAAUGCAUUGGAGAUCAUUUUCAAAAUAUGUUAAUGCGUUAUUCAAACAUGAUUAGACGCAGCAAUUUAAUAUUUUCCACGAAGUCAUCCCACUUGUCAUACUCAUAAACAAAAUGUAUUAUUUGUUCUCUUCUUUCAAUAUAGCGUACUUGUUACAAGCCCUGUGAGUCGUCCUGCACUUUUACUGCUCAUUCUUUUUGCUAAGUGUUUGUUUGUGAAUAGUUUUAAUACAAUUCCAUGAACAGCUUUUGGAGAACUUGUAUUUUGAAUAUUUUACGACUUGAGCUGGCCUCUUUUCUCCAUUGGGAGAUGUUUUAUAUUAUGUACAUGGCUUUGUAGAAACAAAACAAAUACAUGUAAAUUUUCACAUGCUUCUUCUUGACUUUGCAAAUUAUGUUAAGUAAGAGUGGUAACAUGUUUUAAUCUGAUGUGGGCAUUAAUAAGACACUUCAAGUGUCAGCAGUGGCUUCUGGCCUGAUUUUCAUACUUGGUAUGAGACUGUUCAUAUAAUUUUUUGACUCUUUUAGACCUGUUUAAUUUGUUUUAAUUGUUUGAUUUAGAAAAAAAUAAACAUGCUUCAUAAAAACCUUCCUUGGUGAAAUAUUGAUUCACAGCUACUUGUGAAAAUAUGUGUUUAAAAUACUCCACAAGUCGGUUAGUCCUUAAACAUGUUUUACAAUCAGGGACAUGGAUUACAGAGACAGUUGACACGUAAUUCUAUUCUUCUUAAGAAAUUCUUCCCCAUUCACAUGAUACAAUUUGAAUAUUCAUUGCAAACAUGUCCCUAGAUGUUCAAUCUAGAGUGUGUUAAGGCUGUAAGGACUCAUAGAAGUUGAACAUCUGGUCCCAAUGCUUGCAUUCUGCCUGCUUGUAAUGAAUUUGCUUUAUUUGCUGAAUGAUUUCAAGUCAUAGACUAUGUUUAUUUUAUUUGUCACUAAUGGUAUUUUUUGUAUGACAAGAAUUGAGAAUGUUACAUUAGAAUACAGUUCAUUUUUUAUGAUUUUUUUAUAAAAAUGAUUCUUUAUGAAUGAAUUUGAGAUAAUUUGUAUUCUUUAUUUUUUAUGUCUUUUUGUGUUGUAUAUAGUUUUAUCAAAUUAUAUAAUAAUGUUAACAUUUUGUAUAUGACCAUUACCAAACUCAGAAAAAAACACACAAUACAUUCAUAA